CGAAUUUAUAACAGUUUUGCAGAGCUUAAAAUGGACUGGAUGCAAAUAAACGGUGCGGCAAACAAUGCGCUGGUUAACUUCGUGAAAAGUCCCACUUGACCCAGCCUGCUCUUCAAAAGUUUGGCUGUCAGAGAAACUUGGCACGUACGUCAUUGUGACAGCAGACUUUUUUUUUCUUUUUUACUUCGGCGUUUGGCUUUGCCAUUGAAGCGAUCUUACCACAUUCUUUAAAUCUUUGCUCUUACAUUCCGAUUCUUUUUUCCUUCUGCAAAUGGUCCAACAAAAUACCAAAGGCGAUGGCAAGAAAAAGCUUGCCUCAAAGAACGAUAUAAACCUGGCACAAGCGAACCCAGGCCACUUUUCUUUAGUUCGCAAUUUCUACGUUGCUGAUAUUAUUACGUUAAUGAACGGUGUCUGCGGAGUACAGUCCGUUCUCUCUUCUAUGAAGUACUUGGUGUCACACGAUGUCGGUGAUCUUUAUCGAGCCAUGUUAUUUAUGCCGUUUGGCCUGUUCUUUGAUUUUAUGGAUGGACGCGUCGCACGCUGGAGAAAGGACUCGUCACUGCUUGGACAAGAACUGGAUAGUCUGGCGGAUCUUAUCUCUUUCGGUGUAGCGCCAGCGGCUUUGGCAUUUGCAAUUGGUAUGCGAACGUAUCUUGAUACCAUCGUGCUUACGUACUUUGUAUCAUGCGGUAUUGCCCGUCUCGCGCGUUAUAAUGCCUCGGUUGCUCUUGCACCAAAGGACGCUACCGGAAAAGUCUCGUAUUUCGAAGGCACACCUAUCCCAACAUCACUCUCCUUGGUUGCUCUUUUAGCAUAUUUCGUACACAAUGAUCUGUACAUGGAGUCGCUUCCGGGAAACAUCAUUAAGGUCUUCAAUGGUUUGGACCUUCAUCCACUCGUGCUUGUUUAUGCAGUGAGUGGUACCCUUAUGAUCAGUAAAACUUUAAGAAUCCCGAAACCAUAAGAAAAUGGAAUUGUAAACUUUUUACGCAAGCUUGUCAAAAUGUAUAAUACAGGUUUUUCAUUUGAAAUGAAGGUGGCGGACAAUAAAAAGAAAAAAUACGAGUUAUUACUUAUUCGAUAUAGCUG